CGUUUGUCUCAGUUUUUCUCACCGCACGUCAGUCGUACAGUUGUUCGACGCAGGCACGUUAGAUUUGCCUUGCAAUUUGUUGAGUAACGAGCAUCCGUUUAUAUCAGUUCAAUCGUCAUGGCAGAGGAAUAUCUUUUUGGAAUUACCCUCGUGGGAGAGAAGUCCAGCGAGGUCUGGGAUCCAGAACACAAAAAUGACGACGCUGAAGGCGGCAACCAACAUUUUGGCGUCGAUCAAAAACUCAUCAUCAAAAUGGCUCUUUUGGGACCUGAGGCAAAGCCUGGAGAGCUCAAUGUCCUGCAGGUGGAGGCCAUGGGCCUGAAGGGACUCAUCAAGACUCCAAUUGCACUUUUGGAGCGGGGAAAGACAGAACAGAUUAUUCUCGAUCUCAGCUUUCCUGAUCCACCAGUGACUUUCACACUUGUCAAGGGAAGUGGACCAAUUCACAUAGUUGGACACAAUCUUUUGGGAACUCACAUGGAAGAGUUUGACGAUCUAGAAGAUGAGAUGGAGGAGGAGAACAUUGAUGAUGAGGACGACGAGAAGGACACAGAGGUUGAGGAUGACGAGGACGAAGAGCCCAAAAAGAAGAACGCCAAAUUGUCAGCCCCGGCCAAAAACAAAAAUCAGGCCAACAAGAACAAGAAGAAAUAAAGUGAAGGGUUUUCAGUGUGGCCUGUGAGAGAUAAAAAUCCAUAUUUUAGGCUAAGAUUUAAUGUAAGUCCAUUGACCAUCAUCCGUGCAUUUGUACGAAUUUACUAAUCUUAUCAUCGGAUUAUUCAGAUAUUUAAAGAGACAGGAAUAGAGCCACGACAAAUGUCCGACAUUUACUACUAUAGUUGACAAAUUGGUAAAAAGAAUUUAGUCAUUAAAUACUUGACACUGUCAUUACAUUCUAUAUCAUUUAAAGAUCGUUUUAUUUUCUUUCUAUUCCCAGUCUCGAGACUUUUUUUUUCCAAAAAAAUGUGCGAGUAGCUUCUAUGAUAAUAAAAUCCUCGUAAUGACAAAGAACUAUUAAACAGUAAUGCUCAAUUAUCGAGUCUUCAUUCAUGAUGUCAACUCUUCCAAGUAAAUAGUGUCCCAACGCGAGUGGAAAAAUGCAAGGAGAUAAUAAAAUCAUUGGCAUGUACUUUUUAUGAUUUUCUUUUCAUUCAGAUAUUUACGAUACGACGUCAAUUGUCAUGAGAACAUGAUAUUUCAAGUCAUUCCAUUUCCAACGAGUGGUUUGUACAUUUAUCGAGAGAUCACGAGUGUUAUGUGAUUUUAUGUGUAAAGAAAUCCGAAUGCCUGGGCGCCAAGGAAUCUUAAUUCAGUUUAUGAGCACAGGUAUUUCUGUGCGAUCGACUGCACACUCUGUACACCUAUUUUGUACAUAUAAGUGAUACAAUAAAACAUUUCACAUAAA